GUGACUUUAUUCCUGGAAAGUUCCUGGAAACGCUUCUUUUGUGUUUCUGCUGUUCUCGGUUGUUCCCGGUUCGUCUCGGUUAUUAGGCGGCUGUGCUCGGCUCUGCUCGGCUCCGGAGGACCGACUCUGUCCCCAGCUCAUUGACGGGAGGACGGACACCAUGUUCGGGACUCACUCUCUGCUCUUUUAGCUGCUCUGGGAACCGGAAAUAAAUCGGUGUUGUGUUUGUUUGUUUCUCGUCCUCGACUCACCGGAGCGUUGACUGACUGACUGACUGACUGAUUGACGGUUCAGAUCUCAAACCGAUCUGUCGACGGUCGGACCUCCGUUCGUCUCCGCACCGACCCGCUGUUUGAGCAUUAACGGAAACCGAACCGGACAGAAGAUAAAGACACACAGGAUCGGGACGUCUCUGGAUUUACACCGUAAAUGUCGCCGACAUGUCGGCUGUUCAUGGAGGAUAAUCUGAGCUAGCAGCUAGCUGCGACACCGACACCGAGCAGACUGGUGCAGAGACCAGUGCAACGUCUCCCCCCCCCUCGUCUGGCUGCUGCAGACCUCCUCCAUGUCCAAGCUGUGGGCCUAGAACUAGGCUGACGGUUGGAUCUAUCCAAUGACCUGCCAGUCCUCCGAGUCCACAGAAAGCAUCGAGAGCGAUAGACGAGCCGACAACAACUCCAGGGCUGUGGAAUCAGAUGAGAGCCGCAUCGCCUUGGCCAUGAAGGACCUGAAGAACACAGGUUGGUACUGGGGCAGUCUGACCGCUAACGAAGCCAAAGAGAUCCUCCAGGACGCCUCUGAGGGGACCUUCCUGGUCCGGGACAGCUCUCAGAGGGACUACUUGUUCACCAUCUCCGCCAUGACGUCGGCGGGUCCCACCAACCUGCGCAUCGAGUACAAACACGGUAAAUUCAAGCUGGACUCUGUGGUUCUGGUGAAACCCAAGCUGAAGCAGUUCGACAGCGUGGUCCACCUGGUGGAGCACUACGUCCAGCUGUCCAGGACCAGCGACAAGGCAGGGGCGGCGGCGGCGUCGAACUCUCAGCCCUCGGCAGCGCCGCCCAACGGCACGGUGCAGCUGCUGCUCACCAAGCCGGUGUACACCGCCACGCCGUCGCUGCAGCACCUCUGUCGCAUCGCCAUCAACCGGAGGACGCGGCAGGUCCAGGAUCUGCCGCUACCCAACAGACUGAAGGACUACCUGACGGACUACACCUACAACGUGUAGACGGCGCCCUGCGGGACUACAGCUCCCUGGGGAUUUAGACCAAUCCCAUCAUGCACUGCUCCAGCAGGGACACGCAAUAAGCAGAGCUGGAGGAGGAAACCUCAGCAAGAUGGUGAUGGUCCCUGAAGUACUUCUGAACCUGUACUACAGUGCAGUAAGUACUAGUAUGACCCGUCAGUACUGCUCUGUGGUACUCUACCUAAAGUACUACACUGCAGUAGGUACUACUAUGACCCGUCAGUACUGCUCUGUGGUACUCUAACUAAAGUACUACAGUGCAGUAAGUACUACUAUGACCCGUCAGUACUGCUCUACUGUAUCUGACCACAAUGUGACUUUAAAACUACUGUUAGCUCCAACGUGACGCCUUUAAACCAGAAGAGAAGAGACGCUGAUAUAAACUAGAGUUGUAUGAGACGUUGGAGAUCCAGGUUGUUACGUUACCGACGUUAACGUCUUCAAAUGUCUCGUUGUGUCCGACCAACAGUCCACAACCCAAAACUAUUAACUGAGAUAUAAAAUCAUUAAACGUCGGUCCAUCUGCGAUGUUUUCCGUUAUUUUGCAAAUGUCAAUGCACCCUCAGCUUAUAGCAGAACGCAGUGACGUCCGAGAGGUAAAAUUACUGUUUUUGUGAAUGGAGUCUGGUGGCUUUGAAGACAGCGAUAUAAAUAAGUGAUUCAUUAGAGUUUUUAAACACGGUUUAAUGAUCCAUUAAGACUUUUAUAUCCAGCUAAAAAACAUUCCCUUCAAUCUGAAGUGGAAAUAAACUUGCCUUUUUUUGGGUAGUCUUAGUUAUUAUUUUUUUAAAUAAAUUAUUCGGUCUAUAAAAUGUCAGAGAAAAGUUUCUCCGAGCCCAAAUUAGUGUCUUCACAAUUUAUUUAAUUAUUUAUUUAUUUUUGUCCAACCAGAUAUUUAAUUUAUCAUCACAGAAGACAUAAUCACAGAAUUAUUAUUCAACUAACUAUAAAAUAAAAUCAUAAAUUAUAGAACCAGACAAUAAAGAGAAUCAGGUGAAAUUCAAUACAAACUGACAGAAACUAAACUCAGUAAAGGUUUCCUGUUUUAAAGUCAACAUAAUCAUCAUCAUCAUCAUCAUCAGGUUGUUGUUGAUACCUGCGCACACACAGAGGAAAUGGAGGCCUGUGAUUGGCUGGCUGACGACCAUGUUGGGUUCAGUUGGGGCCAAACGUUAGUGAGGCAGCAGGACGCCGCUUCCUGAUCGAUGACAGCGUAUAAAAACAAGCCGUCACAGUUUGACCUGCUGGACUCUGUCCUGCUGGAUGUAGUACUCUGACACUCUGGACCAAUCAGAGCACAGGAAAACAAAGGCUCUCUGGUACCCUGUAGUACCCCCCCCCCGCUCCGUGGUACUACUUAAUUUAUUUUGAGUCAAAUAUCUGCAGAUUAUAAUCUCAUAAAUCUGAUUAUUAUAAUCUAAUAAUAUAAAAACAACAAUCUGAACAAAUUAUAGAUUUUCAUGGUGCAUUCAGGUGCUCCUCUGAUGGUCCAAAAAAUAAAUAAAUAAACAACUUGAUAAAUAAAUAAAUAUGUCAUUAAAUAUAGCAAAAAUAAUUUAAAAAUAAACGUAGCCAUUAAUUAAUUGAUCAAAUGUGACAUAACUUGAUAUCUCUGUUUUAAUUUGCACCCUCAUUUGAAUAAUGAGACAGAAAUGUCAAAAGAAAAGAAUACAGAAAUAAAUCAGUUUGGGGAAAUAAAUAAGGGUGAAAUGCAAAGGGAAAAAUCAUACAUAAAUAAAUAAAUACAUAUAUUUAAAAAUAGAUAAAAAAAAAAU